AUGUCCGCUACGUACUGGCCUAACGGCCGUGCAUACUCGGCUGCACUUGCCUACGCCGUGGCGAUCUUCGGCUCCAUUCUCGUGAAUGUGCUGCCAUCGUCGGACAGGGUCGGGCUAUUAUUUUCGUACUGGAUUUCGAUCACGAUGAUCUCACCGUUUGUCGUUGUCCUGGCGUGGGUCGGGUCGCUUACAGCAGGACACACGAAGCGCGUAACGAUGAACGCCAUGGUCAUGGUCGGAUAUGCCCUUGGUAAUGCCGUCGGGCCGCAGUUUUGGCUGGCGAAAUAUCAUCCUCGCAACCAUGUCCCAUGGGCGAUCCUCACUGCAUGCUGGGCGACCUGUCUCGUACUGCUGCUGGUCACUCGAUGGGUACUCGUACGGGAGAACGCCCGGCGCGACGCGGAGCCUCGGGACCCGACGUAUGACGAGGUGUACAUGAUAGAUGAGAAGACGGGUGAGGAGAAGAAGGUCGAUAAGGCCUUCUUGGACCUGACAGAUAUUCAAAAUCGAGACUUUAGGUAUGUGCUAUAG